AUAAGCGACAUUCAAGAAAAGAUGUUGAAAAAUGUGUUUCAGAGACCUCUCUUGAAGAAUGCGUGGUCCAAAUGCAGCUCUGGGGGAAUAUGUCAGCAGCAGUUACGAUAUUUUAGGUUUUCUGAAGAAGAUGAAGAUAAUACAUCACCUUUGGAUCCAAUGGUCCCGCAGCGUAGUAGUCUUGGGAGGCACAGGGAUUUCAUCACCAAGCUGCAGACAAGAUUUGACUUUGAACCAGAGACAAUAAGAAAUUGGGCCCGGAACAAGAAACAACAGCUGCUUGUUGUUGAUCAAAGAUAUAAUUCCAAGCGCUUGCAAUUACUUGGCCCUGAACUGGCUGCAGCCCACUUUGUAUGUCCUCGGGGUGGAACAGUCAAGUUUGAAGGAAACGACCGAUGGUUUACUAAAGAUCCAAAGGAUGGCUUAGUGCCAUUCUUGCCAAACACAAAAACUCCCGGAAUUCAUGUAGAAGCUAUUGACUUAUCAGGCGUUCACAUAGUUUUUGAAGGAUUUGAUAAUUUAUUGCGACUCAAACGCAUCAAAUAUUUAAGUCUCAGUGGCUGCCUUUUUGUUGAUGAUUGGUGCUUAUCAAGAUUGCACGUAUUGAAGGAAUCGCUUCUACAUCUCGACAUUAGUGCAUGUCCUAACGUAACAGAGAGGGGCAUUGCUACACUGCAUCAUUUAACAAAUCUUCGAAAAUUGAAUAUAACAGAUAUGCCAAACGUAGCUUAUAAACAAUUAGUGUGCUCUCAACUCGAGGAAGAAAUGCCAAACUUGUUCAUCAGUGGUGUGGAUUAUAGUCCAGAACAGUCAGAUCGAGAGUUAGAGGAGGCUGAAAAGAUUGAAAAAGCCAGAAGAGAGUGGCAGAAAGUUACUGACUUUGAUCCGGGAUACUUAGGAGAACAUUUAGCAGGAGUGAAAAAGUUUCAGAAAUUCUUGUCACUAUUACCUGAGACAAGUAGAGGAGGUAUAUUUGAUGGUUGGUUCACUCCCAAGUUGAAACACAAGGAAGUAACAGAAUAUUGAGAGAAAACAUAUGAAUAGAACUUCUUUUUGGAAACUUUUCUGAGACAAUUGAAAAUGUUUCAGAAUGUGGAGUCAAAUAAAUCAUUGAGUUAUUG